AUGGAUACACCCACAUCAACACUACAAAAUCCACCUGACCAGCAUCUUCUAACACUCCAGUCAAUUCUCGAGUGCAUCCUCCGCCUUGAUAUGUUAAAUCAGCGCAUUGACAUGUUAGAGCGCCGCCUUGACGUGUCAGACCAUGGCGUGCGUGAGGCAAUGCAGGAGAUCCGCAGCGUCAAGAAUGUCGUUUGCGACUACCAGUCAGGUUUCACAAUGGAGCAUUCGGGUGGACGUGGUGGCGUUGUCGACUCUCAAGCUGGAGUCAAUGAUCUCACUGCCGUUAUAUCGCCUGGAUCUUCGCAUAAUAGCCAAAUCAUGCUACAGCCUGCAGCACUCCAUGGAACAUCGUCCGGGGUCAUGGGAUCGUUGUCAGGGGGUACAACAGGCCCAUUGCGCUACGGCGCUCGCAGUCCUCCUAUCACAGUUAAGCAUUCGGGUGGACGUGAUGGCAUCGUCGACUCCCAAGCUGGACUCAAUAGCCUUAAUGGUAUUCCACCAUCUAUAUCCUCGCACGACCCCUACCUCGUGCCACAGCCUGCACCCUCGUACAGGGUCACGGGAUCGGUGCCAGAAGGUACAGAAGGCUUAUUGCUCAACGGCACCUGUGGUUUUGUUAACAAUGAUUAUGUAACACAUCAGCAUAGUAUAUACUCUGAGGACUUCACGGCAUCCUAUGGUAUGGAUGCCACGGAAUCGUCAUCAGAGGGUGUGGGUGCUCGCUUCGAUUUAUCGCUCGAUGUCGAUGGCACGUCCGAUCCCGUGUGUGAGUCCGCUGCCCAACAGCUUGGUUCUGUUGUGCAAACUGGCCGAACAAAAGUCAAAGUAGGACGCCCCAGAGUAAAAUGCCCCUGGGACAAGUGUCCGAAAUUCAUCAGCAAGGAUGGCCUCGGUCGUCACAUUAACGAGGUGCAUGAGAAGAAGAUUGUGGCUAUUUGUUCAAGAUGCAAAAAGGAUUUCACGCGCACGAAUGUGAUGACGCACCAUGCAUGUCCUUUGUGA